AUGGGCCGCAACAAGAAGCCCUUGAGCGCGCUGGCGGAGGCACCCGGUAACACCGGCAACGGGAAACUUCAGCGCGUGCACGACGCGCUGUUGCAGUCGGACGCGACGACGCCUCUGAAUGAGCCCCGUCGGUUCGGCAUGGCCCUCACUGCUGUGUACCGGUGCGCCCUGUCGGACUUGGCGAGCGAACAGGCUUUCGAGUACGGGGAAAAUCUCUUCAUGGCCGGAGAGUUGUUAGCUACGUACGUGACUCUACGGGACGGUCUCGAAGAGAGCCCGCGGGUGACGAAGAUAGCCGACUCGCCCAACAAUAACCUCUCAGAGAACAAGACAAUGAGGGACAUCGUGAAGCGCUUGCGGCUACACGCCGCCAAGAAAACUAGCGGCGCCGACCCUUUCUUUGAUCGCCUGAAGAAGUUCGUGCAGCCAACGAAGGACAAGCUGGGCAAGACCUGCUUGUUCGGAGUCGAGGGCGACGACGACGUGCCGGUGGUGCGCGAGCUCCUGGUGAAAUUGCUUUUGGUGCUCGCAGUGAGGUCGGAAAGCCUUUUGGCUCUGUUUGAGGGGUCAGAUUUUUCCGUCGCGAAGCCAGACUGCUUGCCGCGCCUGUACCAAUGCUGUUUGGACAAUGGGUCUCCCUUCCCUGGGCUCCGCAAGCACCGGGGGAGGAACGUCCACACGACGGAGCAGAAGGUAUGGGGGAUGGGCCGCCUGGCGGAUGCCAUCCUGUUCCCGUUCUGGGCCAACCCGACAUGCUUCGACAGCCUGCUGGAGAGCGCGGAAAAUUUGCAUUUCUGCAAGCUCUUCCGCUCCGGCCUG